CGUGCUGUUAACUCUUACAACUAACUAGAAAAUCAGUUGGCGCGUUUAAUGCCAUUAGACUGAAACGCAACCGUUGCAUACGCAGACUUCACACUUUCGGGUUAAAAUAAUUGCGAUUUUCUACGUAGUGCUUUCAGAUAUUGUGAUAUAACUCCUGAAUUCCUGUCAUAUAAGACGGGAACCUGCCGUUUACGACUGAAUACGCGGCAAUUAAAUAAGGUUAUAGAUAGUAUCAACAAGGUCAAAAUAAAAAAAUGUAAUUGAACAAAACCCUGCAAUUAUUUGUUUUGAGAUUUAUAUGUAUAAAAAAAAUGUUAUGUGAAAUGAAUCAAUAACCUAUUGACCAGCUUUUUAUUGUGCAGCGCUUUUAAAAUAUUGAUCAACUAUUAAAAAAUAUGUUGUAGUUAGUGAAACAGUUUGCAUCGAAUAACACUGGACGCUGGCGCAGUUAUUAUUGUACAAAUUGUGCAUGCAAUUUUAGCACAUAAAUUUGUAUCCCACGGGUUCACAACACUAAGCUUGUAAAUGUUACAAGCCCAAAUUGAAAAUGGAUUUAAUUUAAUGGAUUUAACGGUGGAAAUCAAAAGGAAUUAAUAGAUCAUCCUGGGAAGACAAGCUGCAACGACCUUCGUGAGCCGUGCUGUAAGGGGAAAGAAACUGCCCCCAUGAUGACCCUCCAGUGUUUAGCAGACAAUCUAAAUGGUGGUUAAAGAUAAUGAUACGGUGAGACGGCAAACAGCGAAUAUUGCCACUUAAUCUUUGGCAGAGACCAGAAUUAAAAAAAAAAAAAAAAAAACAGAGAAAAAUAUGUUAGAACAUACAACAAUGUCACAAUGCAAUGAUGAGGCGCUGAAUAUGCAGCUGAAAUACAAACAACGACAGCAAAAGUUGUUACAGUCAUACAAACAUUGUAGGCGACGGAGAGGGGUGUGGUCCAAACCACUGCCAACCGACGAGAGGACCACGGCACCAUCGCUCGUGCUAUGGGCGUCAUAUAGUUCUGCACACUUUACAUACCCAAAUGAGUUAAGAAGUCGAACGACGCAGCAAAUAAGCGAAAUUUGUCGUUACAACCCUAUGGAACUUGUUCGACGACGUUGGAAUGUACUGCUAAAUUUUUGGCAAAAACUACCGCUACUUGUGGUCUUGUUAGUGACAUGGAUGUCGAUUUUCUCAAUAAUCUGCAGGCCUACUGACGCUGCAGUAGCAGCUGGUGGUUUAAAUGCUCCCACUGCUUCUCAAGCUAUGCACGAUGUCCAACAAUCCGUCGAAAGUCCGUCCUCUUCGACACCCACCCAGCAGAGACAACUGCAGCAGCAACAGUUGUUUGCUUUGUUGAAGUUAGAUGGUGGUGUGCCGUCAAGGUCGGGUGCAUCUGUUGGGGAAUCUUUACCACCGUCUUCAACAAACUACAGAAAGACUGAUCACAAUCAUUAUAACCAUUUAGUGGAUGACCACCAAAACAAUGAUGAUGAAGAUGAUGCCGUCACACGCGAUAGGGAGUCUUUAAAUUUCACGGCAAACCGCGAGGCUGCUCUUUUGGAGACCACAGGUUAUGUCUCGGAUGAUGGUCAGAAAUAUGAGAAAGCAGAGAAGGCUUUGGCAACGGAUGGAGGUGGAUCGAGUGGGCAGCUGCCACAGGUUAUGGCAAACAAUGUGAUUUGCCCUAAAGAAUGCAAAUGUCUCAGUGACUAUUUUGAUUGUGGAAAGAAGCAUUUGGAUCGCGUACCAACCCUACCCAGCUAUGUGCAAGUCAUUGACUUCAUAGGGAACAAGCUAAAUGACAGUACGGUAUUGCUAAUUCGCAAUUUGCCGGAACUUAACAAACUAAUUCUGAAGCGGAAUCAAUUGGACACAAUGCCCAAAUUCGUGGGACUCACAUCAUUGAAGCAAUUGAGUUUGGCGCACAAUCGCAUACAAAGGAUUUCGUCUGAGGCUUUGGCUGUUUUACCCAAAUUAAAGUCAUUAGACCUGUCUAAGAACUACUUGCACACAAUUGAAACGUCUUAUUUUCCGGCUCCAAAUCGAUUGGCCCAUUUGAUCCUGAAUGCCAACGAGAUUUCUAGCAUAGAAGAGAAAGCGUUUGAAAACCUUUUGGACUUGCUAGACCUGGAGUUGAACAAUAAUCGGCUGGGUUCCCUGCCUGCGGGCGUAUUUAAGAGUAUGAAUAAAUUAAGAAAGCUCUCAUUGAACUACAAUCAGCUGGAGAUAAAUUGGUCAACAUUUCGCGGUUUGACUUCGUUGCAGAAGCUAUUCCUUAAAUCCAAUAACAUACGGGCCUUGCAGGACGGCGUGUUUCAUGUCAUGAGGUCUAUCGAAACAAUUGAAUUGGACCAUAACGACAUUAGCUCGUUAAGCCGUCAAGGAUUAUUCAAUUUGACCAAACUCCACCACUUGAGUCUCUCAAAUAACUCCAUCUCACGGAUUGAGGGGGACACUUGGGAGUUCACCCAGUCGCUAAUAAGUCUAGAUCUUUCGCACAACAACAUAAGCGAGUUCAAGCGAGAGCACCUUGAGUGUCUGCAACGGUUGAAGCACUUGAACCUGGGCCACAACAAAAUCCAGUAUCUUUUGGAAAAUACCUUCGACUGUGUUAAAAAUCUUGAAGAUUUGAAUCUGCGACGCAAUAAGCUAUCAUGGAUCAUUGAGGACCCUGGAGCCGCCCCGCCCUUUAAGUCACUUAGAAAGUUAAAAAAGCUUGAUCUUUACGGGAAUAACUUGAAACAGAUAAACAGCAAAUCCCUAAGCGGAUUAUCUAACUUGGAGUUUCUGAAUUUGGGAGGCAAUGCCUUGGCUUCCAUACAAUCUGGAGCCUUCGACUCAAUGACGCAUUUGCAAAAGCUUACUUUUAAAUCAUUAAAUUUCAUAUGUGAUUGUGAGAUUUUGGGAUUCAAGCGGUGGCUAACCAAACAUUUGCAAUCAACUGGGCAACAGCAGUCUUCUUCAGUGUCAUCCCAAGUCGUUUGUGGAUAUCCGGAACAUUUAUUGGACCGCGAAUUGCUUUCGCUGCAGCAGAGUGAAUUGAUUUGUGCGGAAACGCCCAAACCCAAGCUAUCUCACGAGCCCUCCAAUCAACUGGCUGUCAAAGGAGCAAACAUUACAAUGGAAUGUCGAGCAACCUCGCCCAGAGCUGCCUCGUUUGCUGCCACAGAUGAAUUGAAAAUCAAAUGGCGUCAUGACAAUCACAAUGUCAAGGAGAAGGAUCGCAACUCGCUUAUGAUCACCUCGGCGGCAGGGUCCCUAGCAUCCUACACAAUGACUGAAACCCAAAUCCACAACGACCCGUCAAAUAAUCAAACAUCGAUUAUUGGCUUUUUACGUUUGUACAAUGUUAGUUACGAGCUGGCAGGAAAAUAUCAGUGUGUGGUCUCAAAUGCGUUUGGUACAACCUAUUCCCAAAAAUUCAAAAUAUCCAUAGGAAUACAUCCAUCAUUUUUGCAAAUUCCCUCUAAUAUAACAAUUGACUCCGGCGAUACGGCUAGAUUGGUGUGCUCGGCUACAGGCGAUCCUACACCUGAAAUAGCUCUGCAGAAAUUCGGAGCAAGUGAUUUCCCAGCAGCAACAGAACGUCGCCUACAGGUGUUGCGAGAAGAAAAUGCUUUUGUUAUUACAAACGCGAAGCCCAUCGACAGUGGCAUUUAUACAUGCACUGCGGAGAGUCUUGCAGGAGAGAUUAGAGUGAACGCGUCGUUGGUAGUAAAUGAUAAACCUCAGCCCGAUAUACCUACAGUGAGAAAGGAAGUCGUUGUUGGCAACCCCAGUGUCCUCGAGUGUCUAAAUGAUAUCGCAGCCGAAUUAAAUCAACCUCAUCGCGAAUGGUACAAAAAUAACAAGCCAUUUCAUAUUACCCCAUCUUUGGACUCAGAUCGGUAUUAUUUCACAGCUGAAAGGGAACUCCUGAUCAUAGUUAAUACACAAUCUGUUGACGCUGCGCGUUAUCGGUGUGAGAUAACCGAUGGUUCGAAAACAUAUACUAUGCAAAUGGAACUGAUAGUUGUCAAAGAGCAUUUCAGUCAACACAUCAUCAUCAUUGGGGUGGUGCUGGUAACGCUGGCAUGUAUUGUGGUGGGCUCUCUCAUUGUCUGGAUCAUUCUGUUUUACCAGAAGAAGAAACUGUAUAUCAGCUCCUCUGGACAGCGUAAUGGCGCAGGCUGCGGCUCCAGGGUUGCUGCCGCUCAUGACACAAAUGCUUUGACAAGCAGUCGUAUAAGUACUCUGGACCAAACGCAAAUGACCACACUGAAUCGAACAUACCUCAGAUCGCCGCGAGAGCAUUGCAACCAUAGACCACGUAGUUUAGCCGCUCUGGAGUUGAACGCUGGCCGUUAUCAUGCUGGCGAAGAUGAACACCAGCCUUUGACAGAGCAAAGAAGCUGUCUUAUUGUUACCACCACUCCCAAUUACCAGCAACUGAUGAUGCAAAAAAGAAGUCAUGAUGGGCGCCAUGAACGCCAUGUUCUCAGUGAUGAGGAGGAACAUUUAACAUUGGAGUUCUUGCGUUUGAAUACAUCGCAGGAGACAGACCAUCAGCAGGAUCACCUGUCCAGCAAAGACUCCGGUACGGGCUCGGACGCUGCAAACAAAAGAAGUCUGGAGGAUUUUUCCAUUACUUUAAUACCGAAUGCCUCAACGCCCACAUCUUCCUCAGCACUUAAAAUACCGCGUGGUCGAGCGUCCUUAGCGAAGCCGGACACAGAUGAUGACGACGACGCGACAUCCGAAACGGUGAUGAAUCAUAACGACAACGAAGACUUUGACGCUUCACCCACUUUGGGAGUAUCAAUAUAUCCUCUCGACGCUACUGAACUGCUUGAAAAUAAUAACGGUGCCGUAAUGCAUAAAGAUUACAUCGGUUCAUCUAUCUCGGCAGCAGCGGCUACACCUGAUGCUCAGGAUUACAAAGUUCAAAAUUAUUCGGCAGCGCGGACGUCAGCUCCCCAGUCCCAUACACAACAAACUAUAGACAUUUAGUAUCGCUCCUCUCAGAGCGCUAAGAACAAUUAAAAAUACUACCAAAAUAAUCAAAAGACUGUACCCUAAAGAAGUGUGUGAUCCCCCUUCACGAAAAUCGCAUCACUAGCCCGCAUAAAUUGCAAACAACCACAAUUUAUUUGUGUAACCGAAUCUACUUUCUUCCCGCACUUUGAAACGUGUAUUUUCCAAGAAAAUGCCAGCUUCAAGGCAGCUAAACCAUUUGAAUCACUCUAAAGCCAAAUGUCAAUGACUCCUUUUACUUCUACUGUAAAUAGAAUAUCUAUGUAUAUGUUUAACAAUUUAUUAUUUCCCAGUCCCUACUCCCUACUCCCUCCAGUGCUUGUCCCAUUUGAGCCCUUGUAUGUACGUGUGAUAUUAUUAUUUAUUGUUACCACAUUUUGUGUGACCAACUGUAUAGAAGAAAUGUUUUUGUAAAUACCAACAAGAUCCUUAUCCCGUCACUGAACCAAAAUGUGUGUGAGUGCGUGUGUGUGUUUCUUGCAGUAUCGCCAGAUCAUGCCACAUGUGUAAUAGACCAAGCAGUAAGUCUUCAAUUCCAUCCUUUUAUGCUUUUAGCCAUAGUUAUUUCUGUUUUUAACAACAAUCAAGUACAAACCAUUAUAUAUAUAUACUAUAUAUAUAUAUAUAUAUAUAUGUAUAUACAAUAACGUUCAAACAUAUUCCGUAUUAUAUGCCCAAUAAGAAUCCGUAAUGAAAGUGUCCCAUAGUUUGGUUCAGUGUAAUUGUAGAGCAUACCAUUUUAUGUUUAGUAUAUACACCCUCCUCCUCCCUUAUUCCCUUUCCGUUUUGAUUAAUAUUCGUAUAAACUCGACCAUACCAAAGAGAGAAAAACAACGUAUUCCGUAAUCCAGAAAUAAACAACUAUUCUUAAAUAUAAACGAAAACGUAGGUUUAAAAGAAAAUCAUCGUGUGCCUGUUCCGUUCCGUUCCGAAACCAACCAACCAACAGCCAUUUUGCCUUAAACAUGUCUGAAUAUUUUAGUUUUUAUUCACUAUAUUUUUUUUUGUGUUACUGUGCCUAAAACAAAAUGGAUCAACAUCAACAUGCAUUUGAAUUUGUUGCAAGUUUUCCAUCGAUUUUAGAUGGACCAGCAUCUAACACCACGCGGUGAUGAUCUAUUUAAAAUUUACUACACAUAAGCCUUUGAUAAAGAGAGCCUUCUCCAUUUAAAACGAAAACAUCCAAAAUUGUUUUAAAGUAAAAUAAAUAACUAUAUAUAUAUUUAUAUGAUAUUAUUAAUUUUGUACGCUAAUGAAACAGAGACCGAAUAGAAAGGACAAUUGAAACGAGAGUAGUUAUACUUAAGAAGAUAAAACACACCAUAUUGCGUAUGUAGU